UCAUUUGGACACGAUAUAUUUUCUGCUCAGAAGAAUGUCAAUUUCAUCUCCAUAUUUCUAUCCCUAUGUCUUUCUUCAUUCCUGCCGUACCCAUUUUUUAAACCUCUAACAAAAAAAAAAAAAAACAAAGAAAAUGAUGGUGCCUGACAAUGGUGGAGGUGGAGAAGGCUUUGGUUUGAGCUACACGAUGGCGUUUCUGAAAGAAUCGAAGAUAAUGGAAGGUGAACCAGAAAAUGGGAAUAAGAAAGAGUUAAAUAUUGUAGUAAAGGAAGAGCCAGUGGCGGCUGCUGCAGCAACAGAAAUUAGAAGGGCCACUACUUGCGGCGGAGAAGAUGAUCAGGAGGCUUUGUUAAAAGCAGUUAAAGAGGAAGACGAUGAGGAAAUGGGAGUCGUUGAUGAUAUGAUGAACUGCGGAGAUUGCAACAACAUCAGUAACAAUGGGUCGUUCUCUUCGAGUUCGUGGGAUGUUUUGCCAAAGCCAAUAGAAGGGUUACAUGAGUCGGGUCCUCCGCCGUUUUUGAGAAAAACGUUUGAGAUGGUGGAGGAUCCAGAAACCGACCCGAUUGUUUCCUGGAGUGUUAACCGCAAUAGCUUCAUCGUUUGGGAUUCUCACAAGUUCUCUGAAAAUCUCCUGCCCAAAUAUUUCAAGCACAAGAACUUUUCCAGCUUUAUUCGCCAACUCAACACUUAUGGGUUUAGGAAGAUUGAUUCAGAUAGAUGGGAGUUUGCAAAUGAAGGGUUUCAAGGAGGAAAGAAGAAUUUGCUGAAAAACAUUAAGAGGAGAAGUAGAUAUAAUAAGCAGCAACAAGGAAGAGUUAUUUCUGCUAAUAAUUCAACUAGUAAUAUAGGAUUGGAAGAUGAGCUUGAGAUUUUGAAGAAAGAUAAGAGUGCGUUGCAAUUGGAAGUUUUGAAACUGGGACAACAACAGGAAGAGUCAAAUCAUCAGCUGAGUGUUGUUGAAGAGCGGAUUCGGUAUGUUGAGUGUAGGCAACAACGAAUGUGCAAUUUCUUUGCUAAAAUAGCUAAAUAUCCCAAUUUUAUUCAGCACUUAAUUCAGAAGAGGAAGCAGCAGAAGAAAGAGCUUGAUGAGGGGGAAUUUAGCAAGAAAAGGAAAUUGCUUAAGACACAAGUAACAAAGAGCUUGCCUGAGGCUAUGGGAACUGUCCAAAGAAACCAAGUUGAUCAGGAGGGAAUGGAAUCAAUGCAAUCUGAUGAGUUCUCAAAGUUUGUGCCUGAUUGUAAGGCGAAAGAGUUUCCGGUUUCUAUGGAGGAUGGUUUUUGCUGUUCCCUUCAGGAUCAAAAGAGCAGUGCACCAGAAAUGCGUUCUGUUUAUCAUCUAAUGUCUGAAAAUCUACUAGGUGAAAGCUCAGGUAUAGAAAAUGUAGCCAAUGAAGAGCUAUCGGUGAAUGAUUCCAAGAUUUAUCUUGAGUUGGAGGAUUUGAUCAAUUGGAAGCCAUGUAGCUGGAGUGGAUUUGCAAGUGAGCUGGUAGAGCAAACUGGCUGUGUCUGAUCCAUACCUUUAGUCCUCACACUAAACAAAAGAAGUGAAUGGUAGCAAAGUGUCUUGAGAGCUAAAAAUGAAUUUACUCUUCCUUGAUUAUUUGUUGAAGGCUUGAAGCUGAUGGCAACAAAUGUUGAUACCAGUGACAUUUUCCCUGUCACAAAUGUUCAUAGCUUUUUCUUUUCUUUAAUUUCUCUUCGUUUGUCCUUUAGGUUGUAAAAACUUCUAUCCUAUACACUGGUCCUUUUAAUAUCUAUACUGUUUUUAUUAUCAUUCUGCUGCUUCACAUCAGGUCGAAAUCAUAGUGUUACAUAUUCGAUG